AUGGGAUUGGGAGGUAGCAAAUGCGGUGCCCUAAAUGACACCGCUUGUUCUUCUCCGGAGGAAACAACCACAGCCCUAACAUCACUGUCUCUCAGCAAUUCCCUUCACGCGCCACCUCUUUCAUUCGAUCUGAUCGAAGAAAUACUGUGUCGACUAUCCGUGAAACACCUCCUUCAACUCCGCUGCGUCUGCAAAUCAUGGAAUUCUCUUAUCUCCCGGGAUUCCAACUUCGCCAACAAGCAACUCCGCUUGUCAACCUCUAACCAUGAACGCCACCACCUCAUCCGAACCCCUAUUCAUUCCCCAAAGGAGUUCGUUCUAUGUCAUUCUCCGAUCUCCUCUAUCUUCGGCUCCGCCUCAACUACCACCGUCCAACAGGUCAACUACUCUAUCGUAGAGAUUCUUAUCAAAGAAGACUAUGGUGGUAUGAGAUCUUCCAUUUGUGACGGCAUGAUAUGUUUUAAGAUAGGUAGUUCUUCAGCUAUAUUGUGUAACCCUUCUAUUAGAAAAUUCAAAAAAUUGCCUCCAAUAAUAUUUCCAGUUCCAGACCAAAGUUUUGUUCAAAGCGAAUUUACCUUACUGCAUGAUCGUUUCACUAAUAAUUAUAAGAUUGUUGCUCUUAAUCUCCUUGGUAGCAACAAAGAAGUCCAUGUUCAUAUUGUAGGUACCGAUUGUUGGCGAAGGAUUCAGGACUUUCCAGGUCCUAGACUCACUCCUAUGCCUCGGGGAAUAUUUCUGAAUGACUCCGUUAAUUGGUUGACAUAUGAUUCGGCCUCUCGCACGCGUCUCAUUGUUUCUCUUGAUUUGGAGAAAGAGUCCUAUCAAAAACUUUUGAUUCCUGCCUUUGAUGUUAUUACGUCUUUUAUUAGCUUCGGGAUAUUGAGGGGCUGUUUGUCAAUUGUUUUUCAAAGGAACGAGUUUUCUGAUGUUUGGAUUAUGAAAGAAUUUGGAAAUGAAAAGUCUUGGACUAAAUUGGUAAGCGUUCCUUACACGAAAGAAUGUGGUGUUUAUGGUUAUUCCAGAGCAUUAUAUAUUUCAAAGGAUGAUCAAGUGCUGGUGGAUUUUUUUAAUGAGAAAUAUGGUUUGGUGAUUUAUGAUUCCAUAAACAAUACUUUUAAGAUUCCUAAUUUUCAGAAAAACAUCCAAGGUGAGAUGGUGACAGAAGAUGUCUAUGUUGAGAGCUUGAUAUGGCCUCUGUAG